UCUCCUAGGUGAUCUCAAAAUUAUGCCCAUCCAUGUUCUUUCAGAGGGCAAAGGGCCAAGCGCCCCAGUACCUGCUCACCUGACCAGGAUCCCUGUGGCUCUGCUAACCACCAGCACUGAAUGUGCCGACAAAGUAGUAAAGGGUAAAGUGGUUCGUAAAGGUCCGCUGGUGGCGAUAGCACCGGAUGAUUUCAUCCUGAAAACUAUUAUCCAUGAUGAAGAAUCAAUGCUGGAUGUUUCAGCGCAGAACUCUUCCAUCAACGUCAUCUGGUUUGGAGACCUGGCCAAAAACUUCAGUCAGGACGUCAAUGAAGGGGAUGUGGUGGAGCUCUGUGGCUUUAGGUUGGGGAAAUCUCCAACAGCCAAAAAGGACAAGCUUCAUCCCUGUAACCUUCUGCUGUCGGGAAACGAUGCACAUGGCUAUGUUACCAGGGUGACCAAGGCUCCAAAAUACAAAUAUGUGCGACUGAAUGAUUUAAAGGAUGGAUCUAUUGUCAAUGUGUAUGGUGUGGUGGUGUUCUUCAAACAGCCGUUUAAGAGCCGGGGCACAGAUUUCUGCUCCAGCCUGAGGAUCACUGAUCAGUCCAACCACAAAAUCAGCUGCACCGUCUUCUGUGAGAAGCUGGAGGACCAUCCCAAAAUCUUUCGAAUUGGAGACAUAAUUCGCAUGCACAGAGUCAAGGCCCAGUUCUUCAACAACGCCAUGACACUGGUGAACACGUUCGGCUUCUCCGCUGUGACGUUCGAUGGAGCUGUGGACGCAGCGGUGAAUCCUCAGACAUCCAGCCACCGCUUUCACUUCGACCAGGAGGACCAGCAGAGGGUCAGGGAGCUGAGGUCCUGGGCUGCCAGCCAGGACCUCCUGCUGUCCCCUUCAGACCUCCACCCCCUGUCCGCGGUUCAGCCCAAGGAUUUCUUUGACCUGACAUGCCAGUUGCUGGCCAAAGCUCCCAUCGACAUCAACUGCACGCUGCUGAGGGUGUGGGACGGGACCGUGUGUUCGCAAACUCUACUUAAAGUGAUCGUCGAGCCGAAUUUGAUAGAAGGACCGUCCUCCUUUCCAGAGGAAAAAGAAAGGCUUAUUGCUAAUGUGUUUGUGUACGACAAUCACGUGGGUUUUGCCAAAGAGCUGAAGCCUGGAGACUUUCUGAGGAUCUACAACCUGCAAGCCCUCCCAGGAUUACAUAAGCUCCCAGGCCUUACCAGCAGGAAAGAAGAGGAGAUGAAUCAUCUGGCGUUUCACCUGCAUGGGGGGACAUCUUAUGGCAGGGGAAUCAAAGUUCUUCCAGAAGACAAUCCUGAGGUGCAAAGUCUCAAGAAAGUCAUUCAGUCUGUGGAAGAGGACGUCAACGAUAAACUCCACAACCUGGACGACUUGGAGCUGUUGGAGGUGUGGAGCACUCCACCAGAAAGUUUGGAGAGAAGCUGCGGCCCCCACAUGGAGCAGGUGACUCUGUCCCAGCUGAAGCACAGCCGUCUGGAGGGAGUCCACCACGUUCGAGCUCAGCUCGUUUCCUUUGAGCCUCGCAGACUCUCCCAGGCUCUGAAACUCUUCUGCAGCAAGUGUGCAUCCAUUGAAGAUGUUCCAGAUGAGGACCAGGUGGCAGCGGUCUUUUCGGAGUCAUGCAGGCACUCUGAAGUCUGCAGUCCUCCACCGUGGGCACUCAGUGGAUAUAUCGACAUUCCUGCAGACUCUCCAGGAUCCCGGGACCGUGCCCUUAGUGUUUACCUGUCCACCGAGCUCUUGAUUAGGGGCAAAACCAAGGAUCUGGUCUUCCUAAUGGGGACUUCUCUGGAAGAAACGUGCAAAGUAGCUGAAGGCUACCGGAACCUUGUUCCUGUGACGGCGGCAGCUGGUCACCUGUCCCUGCUCAGCCAACCAGCACCUUUCCUGUUCAGAGGCGGGAACAGAUACUAUGGGUGUAAACGCUGCUCUAAGGCCACUAUAAAGGAGCCAAAUACGGAGGGAGAGCAGGUGAUGGAUGAGAAGAUGGUUGCAGAGGCCCUGGAUGUCCAGCUGUUGCAGAACGUCCUGCUGAUGAAAUUCAAGCUGCAGGACAGCACUGACACACUGGAUGUGUUCCUAUGGCAACAAGCGGAGACGUUCUUUGGUGUGUCAGCAGAGGAAAUAGCAGCCAAUCAGGAUGUUCAGAGCAGCAUUUGCCAGACCCUGAAUUCCCUCUGUCCUGAGGAUGGCGGUGCAGGGGGGCGUCCGUGGCUGAACCUGUGCCUGAUGGCCUACAGACCAGAGUGUGACGGGUUCCAGAGCCAGACCUGCUACCAGCUCUGCAACAGCAGCCUCACCCUGGGCCCGCUGCAGCACCCCCCCCCCGGAGCCCCCCCCACAGCCUCCUGA